AAUCAAUUUUGCAGCUUCAUGCCCUUGGAAUUCUUUGGCCUUAAGACACUGUGAAAAGGGGCAUGCUCUGAGUUCGACGCAUUCCCCAACUUCUCGCCCACCAUGGCGUCUCUUGUCAGCUUUCUAUCGAGCUCUCCGUCCAGCAGCGACAUCCCCCUCACCACGCGCGAAGCUCUGUCGGGUAUAUUUGGAUCUAUUUCGCUGGCCUGCUGGAUCUUCCUGCUCGUGCCGCAGCUGAUCGAAAACUACCGCAACGGCUCCGCCGAGGCCAUCUCCCUCCUGUUCAUCUUCGUCUGGUUCCUGGGCGACAUCGCGAACCUCGCGGGCGCGCUGUGGGCGGGGCUCGUGCCCGUGGUGGUGGCGAUCGGCGUGUACUUUUGCAUCGCGGACGGCGUGCUCAUCGGGCAGUGUCUGUACUAUGGGAUCAUGAACAAGAGGAGGGAAGGCAGGGCGCUGCUCUCUGCGCGCGCGUCGGCUGCUAGUAGCAGUGGUGCUGCUGGUGGGAGUGAUGGAGGGGCGAGAGCCGACGGCGAGGCCAGUGCCCCCGGCGGCGACCGGUCGAGGCAGGGGAGCUCGGAAGAGGAGCCUCUCCUCAAGCGCACCCGCACGAACAGCAUGACCAUCCCGGGAUCCAUGGACAGGCGGCGCAGCAGUGUCAGCCUGCGGCGCCGACGGAGCAGCUUUGCCGCCCACCACCAGGACCAGCUGGCCAAGAUCCUCGAGGAGAGCGACGAGGCCGGCACGAGGCUCUGGUUCAGGAACGCAAUGAGCGUGCUGGCGAUCGGCGUCGUCGGCGCCGCUGGGUGGGCGUUGGCCUACGAGUCCGGCGCCUGGAAACCCUCCCCUACAUCGGGCGCUUCCGAGCCAGAAGAGAUGGCGGCCGGAGCGCAGGUGCUUGGGUAUCUCAGUGCGGUGGCUUACUUGGGCGCCAGGAUACCGCAGAUUAUCAAGAAUGCAAGGGAUAGAAGUUGCGAAGGUCUCUCGCUCCUAUUCUUCAUCCUGUCCCUGAUGGGCAACCUUACCUACGGCGCAGGCAUCCUCUGCCAUUCGACCGAACACAAGUACGUCGUGAAGAAUCUGCCCUGGCUGAUUGGCAGUUUGGGCACAAUGGUCGAGGACGUCACCAUCUUUAUUCAGUUCCACAUGUACAAGGUGAAAGAGGAGGAUCCUUCGGGGUCACCAGAACAUGCGGUGAUUUGAAAGGGACGCAAAAGAUUGUGAAAGCAGUGUACUUGUAUAUACUGUGCAAAAUUGUGUUUUCGUUACGAGACAUAUUCGUGGGUUCAUUCCUGAGCAGGACGGCGCAAUCUAUCAUGGGUCUCGGGGCAUAUGGGAGGAAUGGGCGAGGUCGCUUCUGCCAUGGCAUCUUGUUCGCGAGAUGCUCUCUUCAGGAGGAACAGAAGUCAUCAGUAUCAUGUGGCGCAAACAGGGAGAGGGUAAUACAAUAUCCAGAUCAUGUGGCAGAGAGACGGGAGCGGAGGAUGCUGGAAUCCGGAUCAUGUCACUGGGGAGGAGGCCUGGAGAAUCAUCUCGCCCUUGGAUCUGAGUAAGAUUUGUCGUAUAUCAGUCGCGUAUUGGGCACGUACUGCUGGCAUCUCCCAAACCUCAAGCCUCCUCGAAAGGAAUUCCCAGAUGUGGGCAAUCCCAGCUGACUCGUUGAAGUGACCUUUAAUCAUAAUCACGAUCCGUCUCGUAAGCGAAUUCUCCG